UGAGCUACAGCGAAAAGGUUGGAAAGAAAACAUUAGGGAUGCCUGAGCCGGCGAAGUCUGCUCCAGCGCCUAAAAAGGGCUCCAAGAAGGCGGUCACUAAGACGCAGAAGAAAGGCGACAAGAAACGGAAGAGAGCAAGGAAGGAGAGCUACUCCAUCUACGUGUACAAGGUGCUGAAGCAGGUGCACCCCGACACGGGCAUCUCCUCCAAGGCCAUGGGCAUCAUGAACUCCUUCGUCAACGACAUCUUCGAGCGCAUCGCCGGCGAGGCCUCGCGCCUGGCGCACUACAACAAGCGCUCCACCAUCACGUCGCGGGAGAUCCAGACGGCCGUGCGGCUGCUGCUGCCUGGCGAGCUGGCCAAGCACGCCGUCUCCGAGGGCACCAAGGCUGUCACCAAGUACACCAGCUCCAAGUAGAAGAAUUUUAAAUUAACCCAACGGCUCUUUUAAGAGCCACCACACUUUCCUAAACGGA